CCGAUUCGAUCCCAAUUUUCUGCCUCUCCCCCCGCGCCACCCCCGCUCCCGCUCCACCUCCACCUCAAGUCCGCCAUGAAUCCCGGCGGACGUCCAUCCCUGGCCGGCGGCGCCGAAAGGAAGAAAAGCUCGCUGUGGUACAGACGCUCACUGAGGGGCAGCAACGACCACCCCAGACACCGACACAGCAGCGACUCUCUGCCCAGAGCGGCCAAGCCGAAACAAUUCCUGGUAGACUAUUCCGAUCCGCAAAGAAUCACAAUUGUCCUGGAAAAGGAAGACAAUGACACCUUUGGAUUUGAAGUUCAGACUCACAGCCUGCAGCUGAGGAGCAGCUCUGCCGUGGAAGUGUGCACGUUCGUGAGCAGGGUGGAGGACAACAGUGCUGCAGAGACCGCCGGCCUGACCGCAGGAGAUGUCAUCAUCACCAUCAACGGCGACAGCAUCGAAGGUUUCUCUCAUCAGCACAUCCUCGAUUUGAUCCGAGGAUCGACCAACAGUUUAAAGUUGGAGACGGUCUGCGGCAGUGUGGUGAAGUGGAUCGAGCUGGAAAAGAGGGUGAACCAGCUUAAGCAAUCGUUGAGUGAGAAACUGUUGGAGCUGCAAGCGCUUACAUUACGGGAACAACGCCUAAUCGGAGGCACUUUGAAAGAAAGCAACCUCUCAACAGAUUCUUCAGAAGUUCAGAACUCCCCCAUGGGCCACCGCAGCUUUCGCUUUUCCAGCGACAGCAGCUACAAGGGACUGGUGACAGACGACAGUGACCAAGGAAGCGUGUUCGGGGACCUGAGCUCACCCAGCCCCUGCGGCGCAGCCAGCGCCACCCGAGAAGAACACUUCUUCCCGCGCAAGUAUUCGUCCGGCUCCAGUCAUUUCCAUCACACCAUCGGGCGAUCCAGCAGCUCCAGUUUGGCCAGCAGCAGCGGCAGCAGCAUCGGCUCGCAGUCUCCUACCUGGGAUCGAGCUAGGAUCACCUCUUUGUUUGGUACCUUGCCCAGAAAAAACAAACGGACCAACGUUCGGAAAAACAUCCUCAAGUUGAUUCCAGGACUGCAUCAGAGGUCGGUAGAAGAAGAGGAGAGCUAAAGGGGUCGUUGCGCCACACCGCCAUUUGCGUGACAGUUUUGGAAUUUCAAAAACAAACAGCUCAGGAUUGGUCGAGAAAUCGGUCUAAAUAAUGAAAAACUGGACAAUCUCAUUCUUAAACAGGUACAUGAAAUCUUAUCUAACAAUUUAACCAAUCAUUUAAAUGCGAGACCUCAUAGAAAACGCGGGAAAACAUUGUGCGCUGUUACAGCUCUGAUAGUGUGUGGUGUACUUAAGAUGAUCCACAGGACAACAUGAACAGAACCGUAUUCCCACCGACAAGCACCAGUCUAAUCCCUGAUCAGAUUGGGAUGAAAAAAUAAAUAAAUCACUCAUAAUACCCCGCACCACAGGAUAAUCGGUCACGAUCAUUUUUUCAGACCCCUGGUCACCAACGCGCACCUCACACAAUGAUUCCUCCAUUGACAAUCAGGAGUCUUCAGACAAAAAAAGUUUGCUACCAAAACUGACCCGUGAGGGGAGAUCAAGGAUUAAAAUUUGUUCUUUUCACACCAGACCCACACCAAAAGAUAAUCACACCACACAACUAUUUGUACAGGCACGUGUCCCCCAAACCAAAAACCUGUCAUACCCAAACUCACCCGGGUGACUUUUCCAAGCACAGCAGGGCUGAAAAAAAAAUCACUCAACACAUCUAACAUCACGGGAUCAUCGGUCAGACACAUCUGAUAAUCAGACCGACUAACGGCACACUUCACGAUAUCCCCACUGACAAUUCCGACUGCUCUCAAACCAGAAGUCGAGUGGAACUCCCGAGAGGAACGUUUUCCAAGCAGAUCAGAGACAAAAAGUCACUCUUGACAGUCCACAGUACGGGAUAUCCGAUGGAGACAUCCGAUCAUCGAGCCGAUCAAUAGCAAAGCUCACGUGCGCACAAAAACUCCAAUGACAAUCAUGGAUCUCCUCCCCUCCCAAAAAAUGACUCGUACCAAGUCUGCCCUGUGCGAGACUGAUGAAGAAAUGCUCAGAUUAUCCGUAUGUGGCUACCCUGCCGUUCAGUGUUUUGAGUACGUCACCAAACGGCAACGGUGGACGACAAUCGGAAUGUUUACGUUUCAACCUAGUGGUGGUUAUGUUCAUGUACAGUUCGUGAUCACUAUUGGCUGUUUAUACCGGACUCUUUGUGUUUUGUUUUUUCCACACCCAGCCUCCACCAUGUUCACUGAUUUGUAGCGGGUGGCACAAAAGCAUUAUGAAAACUUGUUUUGAGCGUGCGCCGAGUGUAAUCUUCGCAAGUUCACAAUUGUUGUCGGAUGUCAAAUUCCGCAGCAUCCUACUAGCUUGAAUAAAAGACCGAAU